CCGCGGCGGCGAUGUGGGGCCUCCUCGGCGGGGACGCCGACGCCUCGCGGCCGCGGCCCGCGACGCGGCUGCCCCCGGGCCUGGCCACGCGGCUGCCGCCCGCGCUGGCCACGCGGCUGCCGCCUGUCGUCGACGGUGUGCACUCGUUCAGCACCAGCCUGCUGAGGCGCACGGAGGACCGACACGGUGUGCGUGCUGCCCCACGCUGGGGCCCGCAGCCUCGGCCUCGCGCUGCUGCAGCGCACGAGCGCGGCGCUGGACCUGCUGCUGGCCGUCGGGCCGAGCGACCAGGGGCUGGAGCUCGAGGACCCCGACGAGCCAGAGGCCGCGCCCGACGGCUCGGGCCCGCUCGUGAGCGUGUGCCGGGCCCUGCCCUUCCCGGAGGACGGUCCGGUCGUUCGUCGUGGAGCUGGGCUCCUCCGCGCGGGUGCGUGUGACGGCUUGCCUGCAGCACACGUGCAGCGAGGUGCUGCAUAGAAUGGGCGUCGACGAGCUCCUUCAGCACCUGGUGCGCGCCGGCGACGGCCGCGCCGAGGCGCUCGGCUCCAGGCCAGGAGAGCGCGUCCGGCAGCUUCUCCUCCAGGACAUCCCGCGCCGCACUUUGAAGGGGCGCCGACUCGCGGGGGCCGGGCCGUACCUGGGCCACCAGGUCGUCAGGCUCCGGCUGCUCAGCGCCCGCAUCGCGCAGAGGGCGCUGGGCGACCGCGGCGCCGCCUUGGCGGACAGGGCAGGCUCCCUGAUCGACUGCGCCCUUGAGAGGCUGUGCGCCCACGGCGGCCUGGACCCCGCCUGGUGGGAGGAGGAACUUGUCGCCCAGGACGGCGCCAAGGCCAAGCGGGAGGGCUCGGGCGCAGACGACGACGUCUACAUGUCCGUGACGUUCCGCCUCGUGGUGAAGAACUCCUUCAUCGAGGCCCUGGAGGUGUCCGAGGACUCGGGCGGCAUCGGCGUCUGCGACCUGCGGCGGACGGUGUCCGACCCUGUGCUGUUGCGCCCAAGGUGUGGCAGUGGCAGCAGCUCCAGCGGCGGGGUGGCGUGGCCGCCGCCGGUCGACAGGCGCCCCGCGCCCGCGCCCCGGCCUCCGCUGGCCGCCCCGGGCGGCGGCAGGGGCGUGGCGGCGGGCGGCGGCGACAGCGGCGCCGGCCCCGAGGCCGCCGUCGAGGCCCCUGGCGGCGCGCUGCUCUGCGGCCCUGGCUGCCCAGUCGAGGCCGCUGAUGCUGACGAGGGCCGUGCUCUGGUGAUGCUCCACGCCAUCCCGGACGAGUGGACGCGCGCGACGGUGGUGGAUUUCCUUCACUGCCGGGGCGCCGAGGGCAGGUACAACUUCGUGUACCUCCCGAUGGACUUCUCGCGUGGCAGAUGCCUCGGGUACGCCCUCGUCAACUUUUGCGAGGCGGCGGACGCCGCCAAGCUGCUCCAGGACAUGUCGGGCGAGCUGCCCAGCGAGGCCCCCGCGGCGGGCGUCGCGGGUGCCUCGCCUCGUGCAACUUGGAACGAGCCUUCGUACAGCGUGGAGGAGCUGGUUGAGAAGUACCGGAACAGCCCGGUGAUGCACUCCACCGUGCCGGAGGAGUUCAAGCCGCUGCUGUUCGAGAAGGGCCGGCGCUUGGCCUUCCCGCCGCCCACGAAGGCGAUCCGGCCACCCCGCAUCCGCCACUCCAAGGCGGCCAGCGACCCACGGCAGCGUCCCGCUCGCGCCUGACGGUGCUGCGAGUCGCCGGCCGAGCGGUCCCCGUCCAGGGCGGGGAUCUGUCCGGAUUGGCGGCGAGCCAAAGGGGGG